AUGGUGAUUGAGCCCCCCCGCCGCCAGGCAGGGCUCCGGGGAUCAGAGCCAGCCCUGGAUGCAAUGGGGGCCAAGCCGGUGGAGAGGUACAAGGCUUUGUGCGCCGUCGUCAUCGACACGGGGACAGGCCACACCAGGAGCGGGCUGGCUGGGGACGAACAGCCGCGGUCGGUGGUGCCCAGCCAGGCGAGGGGCGGCCCCGUCCUCACCCACGGCGUGGUCACCGACUGGGACAGGCUGGAGGAGCUGUGGCACCGCGUCCUCUACUGCGAGCUGGGCGUCUGCCCCGAGGAGGUGGCAGUGCUGGCCACGGACGCCCCGCUCUCCCCCACCGCCAACCGGGAGAAGGUGGCCGAGCUGCUCUUCGAGGGCUUCGGGGUGCCGGCCAUGCUGGUGCUGCCCCGCUCCCUGCUCGCCGCCUACUCCUACGGACACACCGCCGGCGUGGUGGUGGGCUCCGGUGCCGGCACCUCUUACGCGGCGGGGGUGCGGGAGGGCUACGCGCUGCCCCACACCACCUUCCGCCUGGACGUGGCCGGGGACGCCCUCACCCUCUACCUGGGCCGGCUGCUGGGGUCCCGCGGGGUCCACCUGGGCACCGACCCCCUGCGCCGCUUGAAAGAGACCUGCUGCUGCGUCCUGCCGGGGGCCGGGGGGGCCCUGCCCCUCACCCUGCCCGGCACCUCGGGGCUGCUCCUGGGGGACGAGCGGUUCCGCUGCCCCGAGGCGCUGCUGGCCCCCGCCGCCGUGGGGCUGCCAGGGCCGGGGCUGCUGGAGCAGCGCCUGGCCGCCGAGCUGGGGGUCCCCCCCGAGGCCGCCCCCCGCCGCCGCGCGGCCGCCUGGCUGGGUGGCUCGCUGGCCGCCUCCCUCGACGCCUUCCAGGGUGCAUGGGUGCCACGGGACGCCUACUGGGAGGGUGGCCCUGCCGCCGUGCACCUCCACUGCUGCUGA